CUCUCCUCUUUCAAAGGGGAAGACAAUCGGAGAUUUCUGAUUCUAACCAUUUCUCACUCUCUGAUCAACUCAAUAGUUAAAUAAAAACUAAGAAAAACAAAAAAUAAGCUGAAAUCGAUCUCGAACUUGAACAAGCACUUCUGCUGCAGCUGUUUUUAGUACUUUGAUUGGAUUCAAGAACGUAGUUCUAAAUAUUCUGUUAUUAUGGAUAUACGCUUCCCUUAUUCGCCGGCGGAGGUGGCCAAGGUCCGAGUCGUCCAAUUUGGUAUCCUCAGUCCUGAUGAAAUUAGGCAAAUGUCCGUGGUUCACAUAGAGCAUAGUGAGACAACGGAGAGAGGUAAGCCUAAGCCGGCGGGAUUGAGUGACCCUCGACUUGGGACCAUUGAUCGGAAGAUGAAGUGCGAAACAUGUAUGGCAAACAUGGCAGAGUGCCCUGGUCACUUCGGUCACCUUGAGCUCGCGAAACCCAUGUUUCAUAUUGGCUUCUUGAAGACCGUGCUCAGCAUCAUGCGUUGUGUUUGCUUCAAUUGCUCGAAAAUAUUAGCUGAUGAGGAUGAACCAAAGUUCAAACAAGCUAUGAGAAUAAGAAACCCUAAAAAUAGACUCAGAAAGAUAUUAGAUGCCUGCAAAAAUAAAACUAAAUGUGAAGGCGGUGAUGAGAUCGAUGUACGAGGGCAAGAUUCUGAUGAACCAAUUAAGAAGAAAAGGAGUGGCUGCGGUGCUCAGCAGCCGAAAAUUUCUAUUGAUGGUAUGAAGAUGAUUGCCGAGUACAAGCUUCAAAAGAAGAGAUCUGAUGACCAGGAACAACUGCCAGAACCUGUUGAGCGAAAACAGCAACUUACUGCCGAAAAGGUUCUUAGUGUCCUGAAGAGAAUAAGUGAUGAUGAUUGUCAAUUGUUAGGUUUGAAUCCAAUAUAUGCACGCCCCGACUGGCUGAUUCUUCAAGUUCUUCCUGUACCUCCUCCUCCUGUUAGACCUUCUGUGAUGAUGGAUACUUCUUCAAGGAGUGAGGAUGAUUUAACUCAUCAGCUAGCCAUGAUUGUUAGGCAUAAUGAGAACCUGAAGAGGCAAGAGCGAAAUGGGGCUCCUGCACACAUCAUUUCAGAGUUUGCACAAUUGUUGCAGUUUCAUAUAGCUACAUAUUUCGAUAAUGACCUGCCAGGGCAGCCAAGGGCCACUCAAAGAUCUGGUCGACCAAUCAAAUCAAUAUGUAGCAGACUGAAGGCAAAAGAAGGUCGGAUCAGAGGUAACUUGAUGGGUAAACGAGUGGAUUUUUCAGCUCGGACAGUGAUCACACCUGAUCCGACUAUUAACAUUGAUGAACUGGGAGUACCAUGGAGUAUUGCGCUAAAUCUCACAUAUCCAGAAACUGUCACUCCAUAUAACAUCGAAAGGUUGAAAGAGCUUGUGGAAUAUGGGCCUCAUCCUCCUCCAGGUAAAACUGGUGCGAAGUAUAUAAUUAGAGAUGAUGGACAAAGGCUUGAUCUACGGUACUUGAAGAAAAGCAGCGAUCAACAUCUAGAACUUGGAUAUAAGGUGGAGCGGCAUUUGAAUGAUGGGGACUUUGUCCUGUUCAAUAGGCAACCAAGUCUUCACAAAAUGUCCAUUAUGGGGCAUAGAAUCAAGAUCAUGCCUUACUCAACCUUCCGCCUAAACUUGUCCGUUACUUCGCCCUACAAUGCUGAUUUUGAUGGGGAUGAAAUGAACAUGCACGUUCCCCAGUCAUUUGAAACUAGAGCGGAAGUACUUGAACUGAUGUUGGUUCCUAAAUGCAUUGUGUCACCUCAAUCAAAUCGACCUGUGAUGGGGAUUGUCCAAGAUACACUUUUAGGGUGCCGCAAAAUUACCAAAAGAGAUACAUUUAUCGAGAAAGAUGUUUUCAUGAACAUUUUAAUGUGGUGGGAGGAUUUUGAUGGCAAAGUACCGGCUCCAGCAAUUUUGAAACCUAGGCCUCUUUGGACUGGGAAACAAGUUUUUAAUCUAAUAAUUCCAAGACAGAUAAAUCUCUUGAGAUAUGCAGCCUGGCAUCAGGAAUCUGAAAAAGGAUUCAUAACUCCUGGGGACACUCAAGUUCGAAUAGAGAAAGGAGAGUUACUUUCUGGUACCUUAUGCAAGAAGACACUUGGAACUUCGACUGGAAGUCUUAUACAUGUUAUUUGGGAGGAGGUUGGUCCAGAUGCUGCUCGGAAGUUUCUGGGACAUACACAGUGGCUUGUCAAUUAUUGGCUUUUGCAGAAUGCUUUUAGCAUUGGAAUUGGAGAUACAAUUGCUGAUGCUGCAACAAUGGAGAAAAUUAAUGAAACCAUUUCAAAUGCAAAGAAUGAGGUGAAGGAACUUAUCAGGUCUGCUCAAGAAAAGCAGUUGGAGGCUGAACCUGGUCGAACAAUGAUGGAAUCAUUUGAAAACAGAGUGAAUCAGGUGUUGAAUAAGGCCCGUGAUGAUGCUGGAAGCAGUGCACAGAAGAGCUUGUCGGAAAGUAACAACCUCAAGGCUAUGGUCACUGCGGGAUCCAAGGGAAGUUUCAUCAACAUAUCACAAAUGACUGCUUGUGUGGGGCAACAGAAUGUUGAAGGUAAACGAAUUCCUUUUGGAUUCAUAGACCGGACAUUGCCCCACUUCACUAAAGAUGAUUAUGGUCCAGAAAGUCGUGGUUUUGUGGAGAACUCGUAUUUAAGAGGGUUGACCCCCCAAGAGUUCUUCUUCCAUGCUAUGGGUGGUAGGGAAGGUCUAAUAGAUACUGCAGUGAAGACUUCUGAGACUGGAUACAUUCAGAGGCGAUUGGUUAAGGCCAUGGAAGAUAUUAUGGUUAAGUAUGAUGGGACUGUGAGGAACUCUUUGGGGGAUGUUAUUCAGUUUCUUUACGGUGAAGAUGGCAUGGAUGCUGUCUGGAUUGAAUCACAGCCACUGGAAUCUUUGAAAUUGAAAAAAUCAGGUUUCAAUAACAUGUAUAGAUAUGAGAUUGAUGAUCCAGAUUGGAAUCCUAGUUACAUGUUGCCUGAAGCUGUUGAAGAUCUAAAAACAAUCCGUGAGAUUCGCAGUGUCUUUGAUGCAGAGGUUCAGAAACUUGAAGUGGAUAGAUACCAACUUGCAACAGAGAUUGCGACAACGGGUGACAACUCGUGGCCCCUGCCUGUUAAUAUCAAGAGGCUUGUGUUAAAUGCGCAAAAGACCUUUAAAGUUGACUUCCGAAGGCCUUCUGAUAUGCACCCAAUGGAGGAUGAAGAGAUUGACCCUGACAAGAUCUCUCCCUGGUUGCUUCGAAUAGAAUUAAAUCGAGAAAUGAUGGUCGAUAAGAAGCUCAGCAUGGCAGAUAUAGCAGAAAAGAUUAAUCUUGAAUUCGAUGACGAUCUCACAUGCAUAUUUAAUGAUGAUAAUGCUGAGAAACUGAUCCUCCGUAUUCGUAUUAUGAAUGAUGAAGCUCCUAAGGGUGAGCUGCAGGAUGAAUCAGCCGAGGAUGAUGUGUUCCUCAAAAAGAUUGAAAGUAACAUGUUGACAGAAAUGGCCCUUCGAGGCAUUCCAGAUAUCAAUAAAGUGUUCAUAAAAAACAGCAAACUGAAUAAGUUCGACGAAACCGAAGGAUUUAAGGCAGAGAAUGAGUGGAUGUUGGAUACAGAAGGUGUUAAUCUUUUGGCUGUCACAUGUCAUGAGGAUGUUGAUGCGACGAGGACCACAAGUAAUCACUUAAUUGAAGUUAUCGAAGUUCUCGGAAUUGAAGCAGUCCGUAAAGCCUUGUUGGAUGAGCUGCGCGUUGUCAUAUCUUUUGACGGAUCUUAUGUAAAUUACAGGCAUUUGGCUAUAUUGUGUGAUACCAUGACAUAUCGUGGUCACUUGAUGGCCAUCACUCGUCACGGGAUUAAUCGCAAUGAUACUGGGCCCAUGAUGAGAUGCUCAUUUGAAGAAACCGUGGACAUUCUUCUGGAUGCUGCUGUCUUUGCUGAAACAGAUUACCUGAGGGGUGUCACUGAAAAUAUAAUGUUGGGUCAGCUUGCACCGAUUGGCACAGGAGACUGCGCCUUGUUGCUGAAUGAGGAGAUGUUAAAACAAGCCAUUGAGAUCCCUCUGCCGAGCUAUAUGGAAGGGGGCAUGGAUUUUGGCAUGACUCCUGCCCGUUCACCCCAUUCUGGAACACCAUAUCACGAUGGCAUGAUGUCUCCAAGUUAUCUGCUAAGUCCAAGUCUGCGGUUAUCUCCUGUUACAGAUGCUCAAUUUUCUCCUUAUGCCGGUGGAAUGGCUUUUUCUCCGACAUCGUCUCCAGGCUACAGCCCAUCAUCCCCUGGAUACAGUCCAUCAUCUCCUGGAUAUAGCCCCACUUCUCCUGGAUAUAGCCCUACUUCCCCUGGUUAUAGUCCCACUUCCCCAACCUAUAGUCCUAGUUCUCCUGGAUAUAGCCCAACAAGUCCUGCGUAUUCUCCUACCAGUCCAUCGUAUUCACCAACUUCUCCUAGUUAUAGCCCUACCUCACCUAGUUACAGCCCAACGUCACCAAGCUACAGCCCGACGUCCCCUAGCUACAGCCCGACAUCUCCAGCGUACAGCCCGACUUCUCCAGCUUACAGCCCGACGUCUCCAGCCUACAGCCCGACUUCUCCCUCAUACAGCCCUACGUCUCCAUCUUACAGCCCAACCUCGCCUUCCUAUAGCCCCACCUCGCCAUCGUACAGUCCAACUUCUCCAUCAUACAGCCCCACCUCACCUGUGUAUAGCCCAACCUCUCCUGGUUAUAGCCCUACCUCCCCGAGCUACAGCCCUACCUCUCCAAGUUACAGUCCUACGUCCCCGAGUUACAAUCCCUCAGCAAGAUACAGCCCUUCCCUAGCAUAUUCACCUACUAGUCCUAAGAUAACACCAUCUAGUCCAUAUAGUCCCUCCUCUCCGAGUUACAGCCCAACAUCGCCUUCGUACUCUCCGACAUCUCCGACAUAUUCUCCUUCUAGUCCAACAUAUAGUCCAAGCAGCCCGUAUAACUCCGGUGCUAGUCCCGACUAUACUCCUAGUUCUCCACCAUACAGUCCAAGUGGAGGGUACUCACCUAGUGCACCUGGGUAUUCCCCUUCCUCAACAAGCCAAUACACUCCCCGUGUUAGUGAGAAAGAUGACAAAAGUGUUCAGAAUGAUAAGAGCAGCCGCUGAACUUCAUCAUGUACCAUUGACCGAGAUGGAGAACCAAAGCUCCUAAUCUUGAAAUCCUGACCUUUCUGCAGUGUUUUCGAAAGAUGUCAGCUAAUUACUGAUAGUUGCCUUGUAGAUCACUUUUAUGAUUCCUUCUGACUGAUUUGAUAUCAUGUACUUAUUUUGAUGUGGUUGCACAUUCUAAAUUUGGUAUUGGUAUAUUUAAUUAUGGACAUGGUUGUGCUCGAAAUUGAAUAAUUUGGUUAUCGUUGCCACUUGUAAUCAUAAUAAAUAUGUAAAUGGAAAAACUGAAAGAGUUCACAUGGAUAUGAAAAUGGAAGUUAGGCUGUCAAAAAGGUGGUACUCUUUCAGAACGAGUGUGCUUACGAUAUGAGUUAACUGGGUGGUGUUUUCGGUUUGAUUCACUCUCCUUUAGUCUGAU